AGGCUCCGCCCCUCAGAGCUGCGGAUCCGCCCUUCUCUGCUGGAGUCUACGACUCUACCAGGCCCCGCCUUAAGGCAGUACCGCGUGACAGACACGGGCGCGAAAGAGCUGGGAGGGUGCGCUUGGAGACCGCAUGGCGACCCUCGGAACCCCUGCCCACUGGACUGCACCGUUGGAGCCACUGUCUGCUGAAACCCAUCUCGGGCUCCUGAAGUUGCAGCUGAGCGCGUAGCUCUGACGUAGAGAGGCGGCCUUGCAUGCAGGAGGGUUCAAUUCAUGCACCACGAGAAACCGAAAACCCACAGGGGAUAAAAUUUCGUUGCGCAGUGCAACUCCGGAAGAGUCCAUGGUCGGCCCCCACGCCCGCGCUCACUCUGCGCGCGCACACGGUUCGCCAAGCUCCACAGGGAGGUCCACAUCCGGGGCUCUGUGGCCGCCGCACGGUUGCCAUGGCAGCAGGGCGGCUGGCAGACCGCCCACGCUGAGGGCCGAUCUCGCAGAGCCCAGGAGGCCGCGCAGCGCCGCCACUAUGAGUCUGGACACCGCGGAGCUGGCUUCCGAGACGGGCGAUGACAGUCUGUCCGCAAUUACCUUCGAUUCCGACUUUGAGACGAAAACAAAAAGAAAAGAUUUUCACAAACCUCCUCCCACAUCACCGAAGUCACCUUACUACUCCAAGCCCAGAAAAGCGACAUCCUGGCGGUCUCUGAAGACAGCAGGGAGCAUGCCUCUGAGCAGCAGAAUGUCCUUGACCCCCCAGAAGCUGUGGCUGGGAGCCUCGAAACCGGGUCACGUCUCUGGGACUUGUGUCUACAGAGAGAAGGAGGACAUGUAUGAUGAGAUCAUGGAGCUGAAGAAGUCCUUACAUAUGCAGAAGAGCGAUGUGGAUCUGAUGAGAACAAAGCUUCGGCGCUUGGAAGAGGAGAACAGCAGAAAGGAUCGGCAGAUAGAACAGCUUUUGGAUCCAGGUCGAGGCCCAGACUUCGUUCGAACCCUGGCCGAGAAAAAGCCCGACACUGGUUGGGUCAUCACCGGGCUCAAGCAAAGGAUCUUCAGGCUGGAGCAGCAGUGCAAGGAAAAGGACAACACCAUCAACAAACUGCAGACCGACAUGAAGACCACCAACCUGGAGGAGAUGCGCAUCGCCAUGGAGACAUACUAUGAAGAGAUCCAUCGUCUGCAGACCCUCCUGGCCAGUUCUGAAGCCACAGGAAAGAAGCCCAUAUUGGAGAAGAAGAUGGGUAUGAAGAGGCAGAAGAAGAUGAGCAGCGCCCUGCUGAACUUGACCCGGAGUGUGCAGGAGCUGACAGAGGAGAACCAGAGCCUGAAGGAGGACCUGGACCGCAUGCUGAGCAAUUCUCCCACUGUCUCCAAAAUAAAGGGUUACGUGGACUGGAGCAAGCCCCGGCUGCUGAGACGCAUCGCAGAGUUGGAAAAGAAAAUGAGUUCUUCAGAAAGCCCAAAGCCGUCUGCUUCAGCUUUGGUCAAGCCAAAUCCCCUGGUCCGCUCCUCAUCCAAUAUCUCAGUGCAAAAGCAGUUGAAAGAGGACCAGUCCAAAGAGGACCAGCCCAAAGAGGAGGAUCCGUCUGAGGACCAGGAGCAUCUCCAAGGAACCGUGAGCAUCCUGAAGGGGGAGAGGAGCGCACUGGAGGCACAGCUGUUGGAGAAGGGCGUGGAGAUGAAUAAGCUGCUACAGGCCAAGAUCGACUUGGAGAAGGAGCUGGAGAUGGCCAGGGAGGGCGAGAAGGAGAGACAGGAGCAGGAGCAGGCUUUGAGAGAGGAAAUCGAAGCCCUCACCGCCAAGUGUCAAGAACUGGAAGAAGCUAAGAGACAAGAGAGAGACUCCACCACAGCAGGCACUCAUGAGGCUCACCUAGAGCUCCAUGUACCAUCACCCUGCAGCAGCAGGCACUCCAAGCCAGACAACGACAAUGAGCCCAAUUCCCACAACAGUGCCAGCAAGGGAGGUGGUUCCCAGCCCCCAUCCCCGUGCUCUGAAGAGAGGAGAGAGGCCGCCAUCAGAACCCUGCAGGCCCAGUGGAAGGCCCACAGACACAAGAAAAGAAAAGCAGCUUUGGAUGAGGCAGCAACUGUGCUCCAGGCGGCCUUCAGGGGACACCUAGCUCGUUCAAAGCUGUUACGCAGCAAAGGCCCAGACUCCAGGCCUCCCAGCCUGCCGGGCCCUCCCAACCAGCUGCAGAGCUCUCCCACACCCCGUGUCCCAAGCCCCGUCACCCCGCCUGAAGACAGCCCAGCACAAGAGGAGGCCAUCGUUGUUAUCCAGUCCAUCCUCCGGGGAUACCUGGCCCAGGCCAGGUUCAUUGCCAAGUGCUGCCGAGGGAUCGCCGCCUCUCAGAGGGAAGCUGUCUCAUCCCCGCCCUCCGGAUCCGUCUCCCCACCCUCCCUAGCAGCUUCUCCUGGGAAGGGCAUCGAGGAGAGCUGUGGGAAGGCUGCCGAGGCCGAAGAGGAGGCUGAAGAGGAGGCAGACGAGCCAGCAGCCCUGCAGCUCUAUUCAGGAGCAAUAAGAGUGGCGCUCUGUGCCAAGGAGGAGCUGAAAGAGGCCGCUGCUGUUGAUCCUGCCCCCUCCUCACAGCCCUCAGUUCCUGCCUCCCCGCAGGGUGGCCGUUGGGACUGUCUGUCCCCAUCCGGUCUGGAGGCUGUGCCUCGGUCCAGUGUGAAGGAUGUGUUGUGCUUGGAUGUGUGCGACGGAAGGAGCAGCAGUGCCGGAAGUGCUCAGCCAUCCCUGGUGGCGUCCUCUUCCUCAGGACUGCAGCCCCUGUCGCCACCACCUGUGGAGGAUGUCAGCUCCGAUGACUCAGAUGACAUUAUCUUUUCACCAUUUCUGCCCAGGAAGAAAAGCCCCUCCCCAUUCUAGGACCCCAGUCAUUGCCUCCUGGUGAGGUGGCUGUGGGGACAGGUUAGAGGACUCGCUAACUGAAUUUGAGAAGAUGACCUAUCUUGCUAGGGAAAGAGCCCCGCCUCGGGAACACCUCA